ACUGAUAACGUCAGAUUAUGGGCCUUAUAUCAGUAUGUUUUAUUUGUUUUUUUGAGUGUUUGAUUUGGUAUAAAACUACCGUUUACGUGUAAGGUCUGCGUUUUAUUAUUAUUAGUUGUCAAGAAAAUAUAGUGCACAGAAUUUAUAGGAAGAAUGGAGCCCAUCGUUCUGGUACACGGAGGUGCUGGUGACAUACCAGAUAGUCGCAUCGCAAUGAAGACAAUCGGCGUCAAAACUUCAGCAAAAAUCGGCUACGACGUAUUGAAAAAAGGUGGAACGGUUCUCGACGCAGUCGAAGCUGCUGUGCGAUUCAUGGAAGGAGAUGAAGCUUUCAAUGCAGGAUACGGAUCGGUUUUAAAUCUGGAGGGCGAAGUGGAAAUGGAUGCGAGCAUAAUGGAAGGAAAAACUCUGAAGGCGGGCGCCGUUACAAUCGUUAAAGAUAUUGCGAAUCCCAUUAGUUUGGCGAGAAAAGUUAUGGAAAAGACACCGCAUGUUUUGCUAGCGGGUGCAGGCGCCAAUAAGUUUGCAAAGGAACAAGGAAUUCCAACCGUUCCACCAGGAAGUUUGGUGACGCGGUACGCUAUACAAGCACUCCACGAUUUUGCGAAGACUGGAGAAGUCAGAACGGAAAUAGGAGCCAAGAAUUCUGGUGAGGUGGGUACUGUGGGAGCGGUAGCAAUUGAUUCUCAGGGUCGUUUAGCUGCAGCUACAUCGACAGGUGGUAUAAAUGGGAAAAUGGUCGGUCGCAGCAGUGACACUUCGAUUAUAGGAAGUGGAACUUAUGCAGACGAUGAAGUUGGUGCCGUAUCAACAACAGGACAUGGUGAAACUAUUGCUAAAUAUUGUUUGGCACACAGCAUUAUAAAGUUGAUGGAAUCCGGUAAAUCAGCGGAUGAAGCAACAAAAGAAGCACUGGAAAAAAUGACGGCCCGACUUAAAAACACCGCUGGUGCUAUAACAAUAUCUAGGAUGGGUGACGUAGGAAUAGGAUUUACAAGUAACCGAAUGUCUUGGGCUUAUCAAAAAGGAGACAAAAUUUACUAUGGUAUUGAACACAAUGAAACACAUAUUGAAAAUGUUUAAUUACUAUUAUUCUUUAUUUGAAUGUAAUAUAACGAUCUAAAAGAAACUAAAUGCACAACAAUAUUAUUUUAGUUUUAUCACAACUAAAUUAGUACCAAAUAAAUAUACAAUUGCUGCUUUUUAUUAUA